AUGGUUGAUCUAACAUGGAAAGAUUUAGAAAUUGUUACGAAGGCACCCAAAAGCACCAAAAAGUCCACUAACAUUCAAGAAAAUGACCCAACCAAACCAUCAAAUGAUGUUUUAGAAGUUAUACCACUUUAUAUGGCUGAAGAAAAUGUUUUUGAGGAGAAUGCGUCUGGGGAAAAUGUUGAAGAGGGUGAAGAAAAUGCUUAUGGAGAAAGUGAUAAGUAUGGUGAGGAAAUCGACAAGGGUGUUGAAGAAGACAACCAAGUGGAUGUUGAAACUGGAAUAAAUAAAGAAAGCAUAAGUAAAGGUGUAAUAGUAGAAGGAAAUGACAAUAUAAGUGUCACUAUGGAAGUUGAUAUAACUACUAGUAAGGAUGUUCUAGAAAAUGCAAACAACAAUUUGGAGAACAUGUGGAAGGAUACGGCUCCAAAUUAG